UUACUGAUGUGUUUAGGUGUUUCUCAUCAUCAGGCAUCAUGUUGUCCCUGUGUAUGCUCUCUAGUUUUGCUUCCAGGGCAGCAAUUUCUCGGAUGAUGUGUGGGGCUAUGGCUCGUGCGCGUUCUCUCGCUUUCUGGUUUAUUUUUUGUUUGAAGCAGGCCCAUUCUGUUUGUGGGUUGUAGCUGUUUGUCCCUUCCACGCUUCCUUUGAUUCUGGCGUGUGUGUCUCUUCCGGUUUUGUGGAUGAACGCAGAUAGUUGUUUGUCUUUAGUCAGGUAAGCUGGCCAGGCCCAUCGUCCGUGUCCCACCGUUGGUGCAUCUGCGGUUGAUUUCUUUGUCCAUACCAGGUCGUGGUCUGUCUCGAUGCCCACUCUCUUAAUGCCCCAUUCAAACGUGUUUUCGAAUUCAUUUGCACGCACAUAGAUUCGAUCGAUUCGGGAUAGGGAUCCUCCAAGGUUAGCGGGUUGGCGGAAUGUGUAUUCCUUGGUCUCGGGAGCGUCCACUGCAGGGCCAUUAUCUUCAUGGGCUGGGAGUCUGUCUAAAGCGGCUUCUACAAUGUUCAUGUCGCCUGCCAUUAUAUCUGGUUUUCGGAUUCUGGGGUGUCGUGUGAAGAAUUCUUGGAUGUUCUUCCAAAAUUGUGCAUUUUCGGCUGGCUGGUUUGGAUGACCAUGGCUCUGCCUGGUACAAUUUCGUGCAUUUGUAUUCCUUCUGUCCGCGCGAGGUUUUUGUUUAUUACAAUUGCAACGCCAGCUGCAUUUGCUGACUCUGGGCUUUCCGUAUGUAGGAUCUUCAUUUUACGGCCGAACAGAUUGUCUAUAUCCUCUUUCCUCUCUUUAUUCAUAUGGGCUUCUCCAAUCACCAGUACAGCCACCUUGUCUUCUCGCAUUAUCUGCCACACCCCCAGCCAUUUGUUCUUGGGGUGGUGGGCAUUGGUGUGACCGUGUCCCCGGAUGUUUAGUGCACCUAUUUUCAGGGCAGCUUUCAUGUUCUUCCGGCCGUUUCUGCCGCGUGGGCCAGUGGGGCCCGGGUAUGUCUGUGCGUGUGUUGGGCGUCUGUUAUCUGGCACUCUGCCAUCUUGGUGUCU